CUUACUGCUUGGAACCCACAUUUGUGUUUGCAUUCUUAAAGUCAACACCCCUUAUGUUAAAACCUAUGUUUUCAUUGUUACAGGUACAAUGAGUACAUUCUGAGUCCCAGGACAGUGGGAAUUAGCCAACGGACUGCAGACAUGCUGUGGAAGCUGCUGCUAAGGUCCCAGCCCUGCAGGCUGUGUUCUUUCAGAAAGAUGCCAUUGGCUUCAAAAUCCAGACCCCCUUUAGCAUGCUUCGUCUAUACAACUGAUCAUCAAUCAAACCAAGAAAAUAAAAGAACAGUGGAAAAGCUCUAUAAAUUUUCAGUGGAUGUCAGGAAAAUUCGCAGAUUAAAAGGAUGGAUACUUUUUGAGAAGGAAACCUAUGUUGAAGAAAUUGCAGACGUUUUACAACAACUAGGUGCCGAUGAAGCUGCUAUAGCCAGUAUUUUGGAACGCUGCCCAGAAGCAAUUGUCUGCAGUCCAGCCACUUUUAACACCCAGAGAGCACUCUGGCAGUUGGUUUGCAAAAACGAGCAAGAGUUAGUCAAAUUAAUAGAACAGUUUCCAGAAUCUUUCUUUACCGUUAAAGACCAGGAAACCCAGAGGCUGAACAUUCAGUUCUUUCAAGAGUUGGGACUCAAAAAUGUGGUCAUUAGCAGAUUUUUGACAACUGCAUCUAAUGUUUUUCAUAAUCCUAUUGAGAAAAAUAAGCAAAUGAUAAGUAUUCUCCAGGAGAGUUAUCUAAAUUUGGGUGGCUCUGAGGCCAACAUGAAAGUUUGGUUACUCAAAUUGUUAAGCCAGAAUCCAUUUAUUUUGCUAAAUUCUUCUGCAGCUAUUAAGGAAACAUUAGAAUUUCUCCAGGAGCAAGGUUUUGCCAACUCUGAAAUUCUCCAGCUUCUAUCCAAACUCAAAGGAUUUCUUUUUCAACUUUGCCCAGGAAGUAUACAGAACAGCAUGUCUUUCUCUAAAGAUACUUUUAAAUGCACAGAUCAUGACCUGAAGCAAUUAGUUUUGAAAUGUCCUGCCAUUUUAUAUUAUUCCGUUCCAGUUUUGGAAGAGAGAAUUCAGGGAUUACUGGAAGAAGGCAUUUCCAUAGGUCAGAUAAAAGAGACACCAAUGGUACUUGAAUUAACUCCACAGAUAGUACAGUACAGGAUAAGGAAACUGAAUUCUCUAGGCUAUAGGAUAAAGGAUGGAUAUCUAGGAAAUCUAAAUGGAACAAAAAAAGAGUUUGAGGCUAACUUUGGCAAGAUUCAGGCCAAGAAAGGAAGGCCAUUAUUUAACCCUGUGGCACCAUUAAAUGUUGAAGAGUAACUUGCCGACUGCUGUUGCUUUCCAGCAUUGUAGAGUGAAGCUAAGUAGCGAAGACUUAAGUGAUUCAGGCAGUUUAUAGGCACUAGUAAUUUGAAGAAACCACUUAGCUUCUGAGUUGUAUCUAAGUUACCUUUAAGUAUAUCAUCUCUGACGUAUUUUCUAUAUUUUAAACUAUAAGCCGCAUUUAUUUUAAAUAAAGUUGGUAAUCUUUACCU